CACCUCAAACUUCAACUGCCUUAGCGCAAAUCGAUCGUGCCCCCGAUUUUAUCCCGGUCUACAAUGCCUGUAACUCUCUGCUCAACGAUUAUUACGGUCCCCCGGCUCAGUCACUCAAAUUCUGAAGAUAUCUGAUCGACAAGCAGGUGGGAGAAUGGCUGGAAGAAUGGGGUACAUCAUCAGAUAUCACGUCGAUUGUCGUAGGCUGAUCUGAACACCCCACGAACGUCGCUGAGGUGACUACCUCCCGACUUGGGUGUUCCAGGAUGUUGUUGAAAAGUGAACUGCAAUCGCAUCAUGUCAGUGUCGCAGUUAAUGAUUUCGGAAUUUGACUGUUCGUUUUCAGUCCUCUCGGAUUUACCCCUUGGUGAGCCCGAACAUUCGCCAAAUUCAGGAGUCCUCUUGAGGUAUCUGAUGAUAAUCAAUCAGUUUGUCGUGGCUUAUAUACAUACCGUGAAUCGUGUGUCGUUUCUCCUGACUCUCGUUCGUGCUGUAACUGAUCUCCAUGGCUUGCAUAAGUUCCAAUGCUUUCUCGGGAUCAACCAUACGUGCAAAAAGGAUCACUUCUCAAUGAUUCGUUUUUCCAUUCCAUUCCAUCAGCCACACCAUUCACGCCAAACGUGGCAUCAGCGGAAUCGCGUAGAUACAAGCGCAUAACUUACAUAUGAUGAUCUCUGUGUUUAGGGUUGGAAUCAUUCUGUGAAGGUUGGAGAGGGGGUGUGUCAUUGCAGUGUCGGAAGGAAUGAUUUUCCCUUCUCCGUUGCUAAGGGUCAACUAAAGGUUGCACCGGGUCAUCCCGAGGUCUACUAAGUGGGAAACAUUUUCCCGCUCCACUCUCUGAUUCAUCUUCUCACAGUUUCGUUUAUUUUUCUUUUCUCGAUUUCUGUCAUUCUCUCCGACUCACUUGAUCGCACUGUCAGCUCUUACGGAUGGCAGCCAUAGAAUGACAGUCGAGGCCCAAGCCUUCCGGCGCAAAUAAAUGGAACUUUAGGCAAUUCUUCCUGUCGAAUCAGCCCAUCAACGUAACUACCUCGCGAAUAUUAUACCCGACUUCCUCAUGAUAUGUCCCUGCAUGCAAGACUUAAUAACUGCCGUACACUAUAUAAGCUUUCACGGCAACGAACGCCGUCUUUUUAAGACUUCCUACCUCUUUCACCCACUCCCUCUCCUUUCCACUCACGCUCUUUCAACCCAGUCAGACCUUUCCUAAGGUCGUUCCAUUCCCUUCAUCCCCCGACGUUCUUUCAAAACAACCAACCCUCCGACCGUUCUCAACCUCAGAGGGCAAUGCCUUCUCUACGCGCUCUUUUCGUGUCCAUUACUGCCGCUGUGGCAUGCGUCACUAGCGCAGUCGCCGCACCUUCUUUUUCCCCUUCUCCCAACAGUUUGAGCCUCGUACGUCGUGGUACGGUUUUCGAUCCACGAUGCGACUGCUACCAGUCUCCUCUUCCUGUGGUCAUUGACGACUGCACGUCCAAGAUAACGCCUUUGAUUCAGAAACUUAAAUCGCUGGACGCUUCUGACAUAACCUCCGCAAACAUCAAACCUAUCGCGGAUGAAAUUAAGAGCGUCCUUACUGAUGGCAUCGGACAUCUCAACCUCCUCGCCAAAGGAAACGCUGAAGUCAGUCUCAUACUCUCAACUGGUAAUGGAACUCUAUCGGUUUCGGACUCUGCAACUCUCUUGGCUGGACUCGUCAAUCUUGUCUUGGGAGGCGUUAAAGCCGUUCUUAAACUCGUUGCGUUGUCGGACUCGACAGAUGUUAUUGUGAUAUUUGCCGAUUUAUCCGUCACCCUGGCCGAAUUUCUCAAGAUCUCCGUAUCGUUGGUCGUUGACGGUGGCCUCCUCGUCGCCGUUCUUCCCUUGAUCAAGGAAUCUCUUGGUGUUGUUCUCAUUCUCGGUAUUCCCUCGUACUUCCAUUUCCUCGGCUUGGAUCUCUUCUCACUUGGUGUCGAUAUCGGGGUUGGCGUCGGGGCUGAUGUCGCAAACGUAUCCACGUCGUCGCUUGUGGUCAUUGUUAAGGCUGCGUUCAAGACCAUUCAGCCUCUCGCUCAACAACUUAAGAACUUGCAAGCAUCCGACUGUAAUUCCCUCAUCAUCGGCCCAAUAGUUGGACAGAUCAGGGCUGUUCUCGUCGAUACUGUCAGCCAGAUCUCGCUACUUGUCGGUAAAAAUCUUUCUGCCGAAGUGCUGCUGUUGCUUGAUGGGAAAGUCCUCACGGUCAACGAUUGCGCUGGGAUCAUUGGUGAAUUGGUCAUUGUCAUCUUCGACGCUAUCUGCGAGGUCAUCAAGGUUAUCCCUGCAUCCGAAGCUAAAGCCGUUAUUGCAAUCUUCGUCGACGUUGUCCUACUCGUCGGCCAGCUCAUCAAAAUCUCUAUCACCCUCAUUACUUUUGACGGCGGCCUCUUGGUCCCACUCCUCCCUAUCAUCAAAGAAGGCCUCGGCCUCAUCGUCACGGUUGGACUUACGGACUUCUACGGGUUCCUCAACGUUGACUGGACGCUUCUUGGCGCUGAAGUCGGCGUUACCAUUGGUGCAGGUGUAGGCGGUGCGGGUGCUGUCACGACGGUUGUCGGUGCUGGUACCACUAUCCUUACUUCCAUCGGAGCCACCGUCACUGGCGUGUUCCCGAGUGUGCCUCCUACCUCUACCGUCAGCCUUGGCAACAGUGUCGGUGUCCUGACUACGUUCGUGAGCACACCUGUUGGUACCGGAAGUCAAUCUGUGCGGACUGGUGCUCCUGGAAACGAUGACGGAGAGGAUGAUGAUGGUGAUUACGAGGACUGUGAUGACGAUGAUACGGAAACUGGAAACGGAAACAGUGACUUGACUACCAGUCCCACAGGUGCACAGGGUGGUGCUACAACUACGGCUACUUCUACGACUGUCACCAACAGUGGGGGAUCGGAUGUUGCCAACCCUUCUACUGCUCCUUCCACUACUGCUACUGGUGCUACCACUAUCACUAAUGGUGGGCAAACAGAUGCCAUCACUACAUCUGCCGCUUCUUCUAGCGCUGUGACAAUUUUGACAACCGCCAGUAGUACCACCAGUGGCGCCGUCUCGAAGCCUUCACAGUGUGCAGGUAGUGAUGGGUCAAUAUCUAUCUCCCUAGUUGCUGUCGUCCAGGAGGUGUCUGUCAAGGUUACGCCUCUUGUUGCGAAGCUUAAGGGCAUCUCCGUGGCUGACUGCACGAAAGACAACAUUGGAGGAAUCGUCACUGAGAUUAAGGCCAUCUUCACUGCUGCUAUUGCCCAGAUCAAGGUGUUUGUUGGUGCCAGUAUCAACGUCGUGCUUGCGAAGGAAUGCGGUAGUGAUGUCAUUCUCUCUGUUAAGGAGUUUGCCGACCUCUUUGGUACUCUGAUCAACUUAGUCUUUGGCGCCAUCAUCAUCGUUCUCAAGACCGCUAGUGGCACAGGUGACUAUCAAGUCAUCAUAUCCAUCUUCGCUGACCUCGGCCUUUGCAUUGGUGAACUCAUCAAACUCACCUGUGACAUCGUCAUUUUCGAGGGCGGUCUCAUUGUGAUCCUCGUCCCGAUUAUAAAAGCCUCGCUCGGCAUUUGCCUCACUCUCGGUAUCAAGGCCUCCUUUGAGUUCCUCCAGAUUGAUUGGACGAGUAUUAGCAUUGAUAUUGGCGUCGGUGUCGGUGUUGGCCUUUCCGUUAUCUCGAUUGUCAACAACUGCACCUCUACCAUUGGUCCUCUCGUCGAGAAGCUCAAGAGCCUCAGCGCAUCUGACUGCACCGCCGGAAACAUCCAACCCAUUAUCUUCGAAAUCAAAUCCGCUUUCAACGUUUGCAUUGAACAAAUUAAACUCCUCGUCGGUGCCUCUGUUGAAGUCGUCUUGGCUUCCGGUUCCGGAGCAGUGGUUUCGGUUUCUGAAUGUGCCAAGCUCAUCGCUGACCUUGUCAACCUGGUCUUCGGUGCUUGUGGUGUAGUGCUGAAGAUCACGGUUUCUGCAGAGUACAAGGCUGUCAUUGGGUUGUUUGCUGACCUUGGUAUCUGCAUUGGCGAGUUCAUCCAAAUUACCACCAAGGUUGUCAUCUUUGACGGCGGUCUCAUCAACGUUCUCAUCCCUCUCAUUCAUUCCUCCCUCGCUCUCUGUGUCACCCUCGGAAUCAAAGCAUCCUUUGAGUUCCUCAAAAUUGAUUGGACUCAGAUCAGCGUUGCUGUUGGUGUCGGAGCUACUGUUUCCAUCGUCACAAUCCUCAACAACUGUACUUCCACAGUUACUCCUCUGCUUCAGAAACUCAAGGAUUUGAAGGCAGACGAAUGUACAGCUGACACCAUAGGUCCCAUUGUCGUAGAGAUCAAGGGCGUUCUAUCGUUUUGCAUUGAGCAGAUUAAGGCCCUCGCUGGAGCAAGCGUAGAAAUUGUUCUCGCUUCUAGCGUCGGAGUCGUCAUCUCUGUUGGUGACUGUGCUAACCUUGUUGGAGAUCUAGUCAAACUCGUAUUGAACACUUGUGCCGGAGUUUUGAAGAUUGCGGUUGCCGCUGAGCUCAAAGCGGUCAUUUCUAUCUUCGCUGAACUCGGUGUCGUUGUUGGCACCCUCAUCCAGACCUGUGUAUCUGUUGUCACAUUUGACGGUGGCCUCCUUGUCGUCCUUGUUCCCAUCGUCAAGGCCUCUCUCGGUGUCUGCAUCCAACUCGGCAUCACCAGCUCGUUCGAAUUUCUCCAGAUCGACUUUAAGCAACUCGCUAUCGACCUCGGUAUCACAGUUACUGUAGGGGUUUCGGUUACGCUCCAGGCCAUCAUUGCGGACCUCGUUGUGAAGAUUACUCCCCUUGUUGAGAAAUUGAAGGGCCUGAACGCUGGUGACUGUACUCCUGACACCGUUGGAACUAUCAUCGGAGAGAUCAAGGCCGUCGUUGUCGCUUCCACUCAACAAGUCAAUGGUCUCAAGGCCGGCGUCAGCGUAUCCAUUGAGGAGACUACUGCUUCUAUCGUUGGUCUUCUGCAGCUCGUCUUUGGAGCACUUGACGCUGUCCUCAAGAUCGUGAUCACUGAUCAUGCCAAAGCCGUAUUUGGACUCUGUGCAGACCUUGGUUCUACCAUUGCCGUAUUCCUCCAAUCCGCUUGCUCCAUUGACAGCGGUCUCCAAACUUCUCUCCUCGCUCUCGUCAAGGGCACGCUCAAAGACACCUUCGGCGUCAUCAUCAAGCUCGCCAUCACCAGUACCUUCAGCUUCCUUCAGGUUGACUUCGGCGGUCUGUGUGGAGAACUCGGGCUAAGCAUUGGUGGAAUUCUUAACACCCUUGUUCACACAUAAGUUUAACUACUGAGAUGGACUCACUAUAUUUUUUGCUCCUUUCUUUUGAACUAUGGACUUCGUUAUUCUGUUCAGGAACGCACCUCACUUUACUUAUGCUUGUGGUUUCUUACUACUACUUUUGCAUGACACCUCAAUCUUGUUUCAUAGUACUUUUUUCUCAUCUUGGGUUUCCGUCGAGGCUGGAUUUUUUAGGGUACUGAUAGUGAAGGCGGCAUACAUGAUAAUAGAUCCCGUGGAAUUGAACAGUGUCGGUUGAAUUGAUUGAACCGCUUUUGUCUUCGC